AUGGGAACAGAAGAAAUUGUUAGUAUUCUAGCUGGAAAACAAUUCUGUCCGACAAAUAUCUUUGUUCCAGUGGAGUUAAAUUAUUCUGCAACAUUUAGUCUAUUUCGUUUAUUGCCGAAUUUAUUACCUGUUCUAUUUAUACGUAAUGAUCUUCGUUCAACUGUUAAAGAGACUUAUAAAUUGUUAAAUCAUGACGAUAUUUGGGAUCAACGAAAUAUGGCUUUUUUAUCAAUAUUUCGUAAGAAACACUUAUUGAAAAAUGAUUUAAGUACACCGUUACUUCGAUGUUUAACAUUAUUUGAUCUUAUAUUGUUGUCGGUAUCGGGAAUGAUUGGUUCCGGCGUUUAUGUAUUGACCGGUGUUGUAGCAAAAGAUUUUAGUGGUCCUUCGAUAACAUUAUCCAAUUUAUGUGCUGCUAUUGCAUGUUUAUUUGGAGCUCUGGUCUUUGCCGAAUUUUCUGCUCGAAUACCGAAAGCUGGUUCAUCAUAUGUCUUCAUUUAUGAAUCGAUUGGUGAGAUGUUAGCAUUUCUAAUUGGUUGGACAUCAAUUGUGGGUGGAAUAACAUCAUUAGCUGUUUCUAGUCGAACAUGGAGCAGAUAUUUUGAUUCAUUACUGAAUAAUAAAGUGAAGAACUUUACAACAACACAUAUUGCCUACUGGCCGAAAUUAGAACCACCAUUUAGUCAUUAUCCGGAUAUAUUAGCAUUUGACAUCACUAUGUUUUUACUAUUGGUGAUGUUAAUCGGUCUUAAAAGCUCAAAGUGGCUAACAAAUUCAUUGACAAUUAUCAACAUGUUGGCGCUGUUAUUCAUUAGCAUAACGGGAUUUGUAUUAGGUUCAAUUCAAAAUUAUUCUCCGUACUGUCCGUAUGGUUUCACUGGUGUGUUAAAAGGAAGUUCACUAUUAUUCUACUCAUAUAUCGGAUUUGAAAUGGCCACGGUGGCAAUUGAAGAAGCAAAAAAUCCAUCAAAAACUGUCCCAGGAGCCACAUUCCUUUCUUUAUUAUUUGUCACAAUAUUGUAUUCAUUAGCUGGUGCUUCACUGACGUAUUUAGUCUCUUAUAAAUCAGUAGAUAUCGAAUCAGCAUUUGCUGCCGCUUACGGUAGUAGUAGAUGGCCAUGGGCACGAUAUUUUAUUAGUUCAGCUGUUGUGUUAUCAGCCGGCGGGAAUCUUUUGUCUGGAACAUACGGUGUCAUUCGAUUUAUGUACGCAAUGUCAAAUGAUGGUCUUCUCCCAUCGAAAUUAUCGUAUGUUAGUCCAAGUCGCCAUGUCCCCGUAUUAGCAGCAUGUCUAAGUUGUAUCAUUAUCAGUUUAUUAGCAACAUUUUUCGAUAUUAAAGAUUUAAUUGGAUUUACGGAUAUUAGUGCAUUAUUGGCGUAUAGUACAGUUUCCGCAGGUUUAUUAAUUGAACGUUAUAGUACUAUAUUACCUGUGACAGAUAGUCAUUAUCAACUUGUAUCAUCUAAUGAUACUGACGUUGAUCAUAAUAUUGAUCAAGAUGUUGAUCAAGAUGUUGAUCAGGGUGUUGAUCAUGAUGUUGAUCGUAAUAUUGAUCAUAAUAUUGAUCAUAAUGUUGAUCAUGAUGUUGACACAAUCACUGUCGAUUAUGAUAAAUAUCCAUUUUUUACAUUAAUAAUAAGACGUUUAUUGCGACCAUGUGUACCGAUUAUCGACCAAUAUUCACCAAAAAAACUUGCUAUUAUUUUACUAUUGAUAUUCAUAUCAAAUAUUCUAGUGUUAGCCAUAUCAUUUCAGUUAACAUAUUUACAUCGCCAUUGGCAUUUAAUACUAAUAGUUCUAUGUUUACUAAUAAGUUUUAUUAUUCUGGUGUUAUUUUGUCUACUAAGACAAAAUGUAUUCACGAACGAUUCAACAUUAUUAUUUGUUUGUCCAGGAGUUCCGUUAACUCCGUUGAUUAGUAUAACUAUAUACAUGUUUUUAAUGGUUUCACUCGAUGCUCAUGAUUGGCUUGCUUAUAUGGGAGUGGUAGCAAUUGGUUUAAUUGUCUAUUUUGCUUUUAGCUAUAGGCAUAGUAAAGCAGCUGCGACCCUACAGUAG